AGGUCUGUGAACAAUUUCCUGAUGACUGGUCCAAAAGCUUAUCUGAUCUACUCCAGCAGUGUGGCAGCAGGUGCUCAGAGUGGUAUUGAAGAAUGCAAAUACCAGUUUGCCUGGGACCGCUGGAACUGCCCUGAGAGAGCCUUGCAACUGUCCAGCCAUGGUGGACUUCGAAGUGCUAAUCGGGAGACAGCAUUUGUACAUGCCAUUAGUUCUGCUGGAGUCAUGUACACUCUGACUAGAAAUUGCAGCCUUGGAGAUUUUGACAACUGUGGAUGUGAUGACUCCCGCAAUGGGCAACUGGGGGGUCAAGGCUGGCUGUGGGGAGGCUGCAGCGACAACGUGGGCUUCGGAGAGGCCAUCUCCAAGCAGUUUGUUGAUGCCCUGGAAACAGGACAGGAUGCCCGGGCAGCCAUGAAUCUUCACAACAACGAGGCCGGCCGUAAGGCGGUGAAGGGCACCAUGAAACGCACGUGUAAGUGCCACGGCGUGUCUGGCAGCUGCACCACACAGACCUGCUGGCUGCAGCUGCCCGAGUUCCGCGAGGUGGGCGCACACCUGAAGGAGAAGUAUCACGCUGCUCUCAAGGUGGACCUACUGCAAGGUGCUGGCAACAGCGCUGCCGGCCGCGGCGCCAUUGCCGACACCUUCCGCUCCAUCUCCACCCGGGAGCUGGUGCACCUGGAGGAUUCCCCGGACUACUGCUUGGAGAACAAGACGCUAGGGCUGCUGGGCACUGAAGGCCGAGAGUGCCUGCGGCGCGGCCGCGCUCUGGGCCGCUGGGAGCGCCGCAGCUGCCGCCGUCUAUGCGGGGAUUGUGGGCUGGCGGUGGAGGAGCGCCGCGCGGAGACCGUGUCCAGCUGUAACUGCAAGUUCCACUGGUGCUGUGCUGUCCGCUGUGAGCAGUGCCGCCGGCGGGUCACCAAGUACUUCUGUAGCCGUGCAGAGCGACCGCGUGGAGGCGCUGCGCACAAACCCGGGAGAAACCCCUAAGGGUCUCCUCUCCUGCCUCCUUUCCGCAUUGGUCCGUGACUUCCUAUA